AUGUCGCCUCCACAUCACAAGUAUAGGCCUGCAAAAGCCAUAGAAUUUUACAACAAAAACACGGUCAUAUUCUUGACAGGCGCCACAGGAUCCGUUGGCAAGUCCAUCCUGGAGAAGUUAUUCCGUUCCUUCCCACAAAUCACAAAGAUUUACUUAUUGAUCAGGGUAUCAGAAGGCAAUACUAUGAAGGAUCGCAUUGAAGAAGUAGUUGAUAGUGGAGUGUUUGAUAUCUUAAAGGCUCAAUUCUCAAGUGCACAAGAGUUCCAAGAAAAGAUUGUCAGUAAGAUAGUGCCUCUUAAAGGGAACAUUUCUGUCUGUCACUUGGAGCUCACAGACAAGGAUAUAGCCAUGGUUCGGGAAGAUACUACGGUUUUCUUGGACUGCGCUGGUUCUGUGAGGCUUGAUGACUCGUUAAACACUGCACUUGAGGCAAAUACAAAAGGCCCACUUCAAAUAAUUGAGAUUGCCAAGGGCUGCAGAAAUUUAGCUGCUGCUGUUCAUAUUUCGAGUUGCUCAGUCAAUGCACCCAUAGUUGGUCCACAUAAUGAAGAAACCAACUAUCCUAUGGUAUUUGACAAUGACCUAGAAAGUAUUUUUGAAAUGCUGUCCACUAAGAUGUCCGACGAAGAGAUAAGAGACUAUGAAAAAUCUGUUGUCCUCAAGUCCUAUCCCAGCACAUACAUAUUCGCCAAAUGCUUGGUGGAAGCUUUGAUUAUAAAACGAUACAAAGACAUGGCUCUCCCUAUUGUCAUUGUCCAUUCUUCCAUAGUUUCUGCUGCUUGUCAGGUACCGGUUCCUGGUUGGGUAGAAGGCCACGUUGGAGCCAACAGAACCGCUGAGUCGGACCUAAUACCCGUCGAUAUUGUAACUAAAACGACCCUACUUUCAGCCACGACUGCUGAUGGCACACUCGCAGGGCCGCCCAUAUAUCAUAUUGGUAUUAAGUGCAUUAAUCCCACCAAUUGGCGUACCUUCGGUAUGUAUGUGACUGCGUGCUGGCGCGCGGUUAAACGGCCAUGUCGACGAGUCUCAAGUGACAUCCGAUUCGAGCUUUGUCCUGGCGCAGAAUUCAAACGUCGAUUUGAUGUCCACUUUGGAGACCAGCUCCAAACUUUAGUUCAACACGAAGGAGAUAGAAAGCUUAAAGCCCGUAUCUCCUGGGUAAAAACUCUGCCCAUAGCUUUAAAAAGCAUUUUCACGUUCCAGUGGCACUAUGACGUGAACAAUACAUUGGCCCUCGACGAUGCUGCUCCUGUAGAGCUCAAGAGUCAUCUCAGAAGAGGCAUAGAUUGGCACAAGUACAUGGAGGACUACAAUGCAGGCGUACAAACGUUUAUUUUGGGUGAGAAGGUCGACAGGUCCAUUGUGAUUGAAUACCCAGCUGCAUUGCGCUCAGAAUUAGGCAUAGGGAGAGAAGAAGACCCUGAAUCAACAGCCAAGAAGAACGCCCCUAGGCUUUAG